ACAAUAUAUAUAAACUUAUUAAAAAAUUGUUGCACGCAUUUAAAACGCAUUGAUUUGAUCGAAAAUGUCGGGCCGGAACGAUGGUGAAUCCUGGCCGCCUUCGGGAAGUGGUAAUAACCACGACAUAACCAACUUUGUGCGUAAUUAUAGAAAUGAGCAGGAUGAUAAAUUAAAGAAAGAUAAUCCGGGUGUACCCAAACAGCAGUCGUCGUUUGAGAAACGUGAAGACCUCGCAACGGCGAUUUUGAAGCGCAAGGAUCGUCCCAAUCGUCUCAUUGUUGAGGAAGCUCAAAAUGAUGACAAUUCCGUCGUGUCGCUUUCGCAGGCGAAAAUGGACGAGCUACAGCUCUUUCGAGGCGACACCGUUAUUCUUAAAGGAAAGCGUCGCAAGGAAACUGUGUGCAUUGUGCUCUCGGAUGACACUUGUCCCGAUGAAAAGAUUCGCAUGAACCGUGUGGUGCGCAAUAAUCUGUGUGUUCAUUUGUCCGAUGUUGUGUCCGUGCAAUCCUGUCCGGACGUCAAGUAUGGCAAGCGAGUGCGGAUUUUGCCCAUCGAUGAUACCACUGAAGGUGUUACGGGCAACUUGUUUGAAAUCUAUCUGAAGCCCUAUUUCUUGGAGGCCUAUCGUCCUAUUCACAUGGGUGAUAAUUUCAUUGUACGCGCCGCAAUGCGGCCUAUUGAGUUCAAAGUCGUGCUGACUGAUCCCGAGCCUUAUUGUAUUGUGGCUCCAGAGACUGUCAUCUUUUGUGACGGCGAUCCAAUUAAGCGUGAGGAAGAAGAGGAAUCAUUGAAUGCCGUCGGUUAUGAUGACAUUGGGGGUUGCCGGAAGCAAUUGGCUCAAAUUAAGGAAAUGGUUGAGCUACCCUUGCGUCAUCCAUCGCUCUUCAAAGCAAUUGGUGUGAAGCCACCACGUGGCAUUUUAAUGUACGGUCCACCUGGUACUGGAAAGACCCUAAUUGCACGGGCUGUUGCCAAUGAGACUGGCGCCUUUUUCUUCCUAAUCAACGGUCCCGAAAUUAUGUCGAAAUUGGCUGGUGAAUCCGAGUCAAAUCUUCGAAAAGCAUUCGAAGAAGCCGAAAAGAAUUCACCUGCAAUCAUUUUCAUUGAUGAGAUCGACGCCAUUGCGCCCAAGCGCGAUAAAACCCAUGGCGAAGUUGAGCGUCGCAUUGUGUCGCAGCUGCUGACAUUAAUGGACGGCAUGAAGAAGAGUUCGCAUCUGAUUGUGAUGGCAGCCACCAAUCGGCCCAAUUCCAUUGAUCCAGCGCUCCGUCGCUUUGGACGUUUUGAUCGUGAAAUCGAUAUCGGUAUUCCAGAUGCUACUGGACGCCUGGAGGUGCUGCGCAUUCACACAAAGAACAUGAAAUUGCACGAGGAUGUCGAUCUGGAACAGAUUGCGGCGGAAACUCACGGCCAUGUUGGUGCCGACCUGGCAUCACUUUGUUCAGAAGCGGCUCUCCAGCAAAUUCGCGAGAAGAUGGAUCUCAUCGAUUUGGAGGAUGAUAAGAUUGAUGCCGAAGUGCUCGCCUCGCUGGCUGUCACCAUGGAGAAUUUCCGCUAUGCCAUGACAAAGUCAAGCCCGUCGGCCCUACGUGAAACCGUUGUUGAGGUGCCUAACACCACCUGGACUGACAUUGGAGGCUUGGAGAAUGUUAAGAAAGAGCUUCAAGAACUGGUUCAAUAUCCAGUGGAACAUCCUGACAAGUUCCUUAAGUUUGGCAUGCAGCCCAGUCGUGGUGUACUUUUCUAUGGACCACCCGGCUGCGGUAAGACGCUUCUGGCCAAGGCCAUUGCCAACGAAUGCCAGGCCAAUUUCAUUUCCGUCAAGGGUCCUGAGCUGUUAACCAUGUGGUUUGGCGAGUCCGAGGCCAACGUCCGUGACAUUUUCGACAAAGCACGCUCGGCAGCCCCUUGUGUGCUAUUUUUCGAUGAACUGGAUUCGAUUGCCAAGGCACGUGGUGGUAAUGUGGGUGAUGCUGGUGGCGCUGCCGAUCGCGUGAUCAACCAAAUCCUUACUGAAAUGGACGGCAUGGGUGCCAAAAAGAAUGUUUUCAUUAUUGGAGCAACCAAUCGUCCGGACAUCAUUGAUCCAGCUAUUUUGCGUCCAGGACGCUUAGAUCAGCUAAUAUAUAUUCCAUUGCCAGAUGAUAAAUCACGUGAGGCUAUAUUGAAGGCCAAUUUGCGCAAGUCGCCACUGGCCAAGGAAGUUGAUCUUACCUACAUUGCCAAGGUGACACAGGGUUUCUCUGGCGCAGAUUUAACCGAGAUCUGUCAACGUGCCUGUAAGUUGGCUAUUCGUCAGGCAAUCGAGGCAGAGAUACGUCGGGAGAAGGAACGUACUGAGAAUCAGAACUCUGCUAUGGACAUGGACGAAGAUGAUCCAGUUCCCGAAAUAACACGUGCCCAUUUCGAGGAGGCUAUGAAGUUUGCACGUCGUUCUGUGUCCGAUAACGACAUUCGAAAAUAUGAGAUGUUUGCUCAAACUUUGCAACAGUCACGCGGUUUCGGACAAAACUUCAGAUUCCCCGGUAACACCGGUAACACCUCAGGGUCCGGCACCAACAUGCCAGUGAACUCGCCAGGGGAUAAUGGCGAUGAUGAUCUAUACAGCUAGAUUUUUAGUUAUAAACAAACAAGUUUUAUAAAUGAAUUUUUUCUUUAAAUCCAAAUAUUUUAAAACAAGAACAUUCGAUGAUUAAAAUACACGACUCAUCAUGAUGCAGCAGUGUGGAGGACAGGAAGAAACAAACAAGAAUAUAACAGGAAAACUUGCAAUGAAUAAUUCGGACACAUUUCAACUUAUAAUUUUGUCAUACAUUGGUCAACAGAUACUGCAAGACCAAGUAUAACCAUAUUUACAUUAAAAACAAAACAUUUUUAGGGCGCAGAGUGGAUGAAAUUAAAUCAAACACUGGCAAUGCUCUUAUCAUUCGUGGAUUCUCGGUAGCUCUGAUCUGGUCGAUAACCGAGUUCUAUUUACAUAUAUAUAAUUGAUGAUUCACAUACACACACGUACAUUUAAAGAUAAAUAUAUUAAACACCAUAAAAUUAUAAGUGUAUUUGGAGCUACGUUUUUAAGUGAAUAAAAAUUAUAAAGUCA